AUGCUUAUUUCCAGCUCCAUGAAACUAUUUCCAGCUGUUCUUUUGGUAUCCUCCUGCUUUCAAGCAUCAGAUGCCCACCUUCAUGCUGCUUCCUUGGAAAGCAACGUUGUACCUUCCAGUCAGGGUGCACAUUCUCUUACGUUUCAAAGUGACGAAUCCUCCCAUCUCCUCCUCCCGCCAUCAUCCCCGGACUGUUGGCUGGAAACUUUCGAAGAACUCUACCCUCAAGAUCUUCGUCGUGGCAAUCAUCAUCAUCAUCAUCACGCUGGUCAGCCACCACUGGACUUUUCCACCUGUGUUCAGAUGGACACCCAUCAUCAACAAGCUUUGGCACUCCGUCUGACCAAGUGUCAUUUGGAAUCCGUGGGUAGAUCCUUGGAGACAACAACAACAACUGAGGACGGCAUGAAUGCUUGUGAGGACCUCCUUAGACCGAGCGGUAUCAAAGAUUGCCUCUCCAACCUCAGCACUACUGCGGUCACGAUCUAUGCUAUCUUCUUCAAGGAUCUACACUAUGUGUGCACCCGUUUGUUGCAAGAAUCUGUCACCAAUCGCUACUACCAAACUGCUCAAGACUUGGAACAGGUCUCCAAGUUGGCCGAAGACCGAUUGCUAAACAUUUUGCAACAAUUUGAGGAUUUUUCUGUGUUUUGGAAGGAAAAGGAAGAAAGUAUGGUCCACUGGUUUCACGAACAAGCCCAAUUGUCGGCAAAUCAAGCUUUGGAAUUCCAAGAACAAAUGCAAUCUAAGCAACACGAAGACUUGCAUCGUCACAAGGAAGAAUUGCAGUCUUUGGCGGAUGCCUUGCAAACCACAAAGGCAUCGAUUCAGCCAUGGACUCAACUUGUCGGUCUAGUCUUUCGAUACAUCCCCAUCGGAUACUCCAUUAUCAAGAUUGUGGCAACCAUGGUGGGGACCAUGAUGAUCAUCAUGAUUCUGACCCCUCACAAGGAGUUGCGACGUACUCGACUCAAAUUGUUCGUGGUCGUACUUCUAGGAGGCCUCGGAAGAAUGGUACUGCUAUGGUUGGAAAAUGAAGAUGAGAUUGGAUUUACGGAUACCGAACGAUUGGAAAUAUCGGAAGGGUUGCAAAACUUUCUAAUGUCCUUCUUGUUUGCAUGCUACUUGUCUGGUCUUUCAUCCUUUUGUUGUGGCUGGAACAAGAACCAGCAAGACGACAACGAUGAUGACGAAGACGAAGAGAACAACAACAACGGAGAGGAAGAGUCUUAUAAUCACAUUUCAUCGUUGCAACGAGAAAACGAUUUGAUGGAACGUUUGCGUCUUUACAGCUACCAACAACAACACUGGAAUGCCACGCUGGUACAGCAGCAGCGUCAGCAACAACAUGAACAACGAGAGCAGGCUACUUUGCCCAAUGUCGACGUGCGUUCGAUCCUUCCUCCGCGACCUUUUUUGAUGACAUCAUCCGCAACACCUCCUCCUUUGAUUCACUCCCCGGAAUCUGGCUCUUUUGCUUCUGUACCACCGAUUGUUGCCGCUCCAUGGAAUGCCUCACCCUCGCCUUGGACUCCCCAUUGUCCCAUUCCAGUCUACCCAGAUGAAAUCACAUCGGAUGGAUACACAGCCAUGUAUGUCAACAACAACCAGAACAGCGCGUCAGUCCUUCCUACUGUUCAGGAGACAAUAGAUUUGCCACCUGACGAACGCGACGACGAAGAGGAGAGUGAUGGAACCAGAGAUGAUACUGGUGCUAUUAGCAGCCGAAAGCGAACUUGUUUGGAAAUGGAAGAAAGUGCCGAUGAGGAUUUGGACGCCGGACGAGAGGUUGCAGUUGCCAAGAAACGACGAAUUGCUCGACCCAAGAAAACAAAAUCCUAG